AUGAGCUGCAGUUGGACAGGCCGGGCAACCCCGCCCCGACCUAGCAGGACCCAGUACUCAUCAACCUGGUCGGGGGAAAGAGCCAGAAGGAGUGCCAAUUCUUCUGACUCCCCUGCUUUCCAUCUCCAUUUUCUUGAAUGGAGUUCAGCCAAUUCUGUCUGGAGUUGCUAUUGGAAGUGGGUGGCAAGCCAUAGUGGCUUAUGUAAAUGUGAGUGCUUAUUACCUGAUUGGACUCCCCAUCGCCAUUGUUCUUGGAUUCAAGACUGGUUUAGCUGCGGCUGGAAUAUGGUGGGGGUUGAUAAUUGGAGUCUUUGUUCAAACGGUCUCUCUCAUCGUUUUAACUGUCAGGACAAACUGGAACAGAGAAGUGGACAAGGCGAUCAAGCGCUUGAAGCAUACUGCCGAUGAAGACACUUUAGCAAUAGUCGACGACAUUGAGUGACUAGUAGUUAAGUUUUGUGAAGAUUUAGUAUUCCCAACAAUUUUGAUAGAACAAGAAGCAUUGAGUUCUGUGGUUCUAUUUCUUGAAGAGGGAGUUCUUCAGUCUACUCCAAUCAUUCACAGUCCUCUCUCUAAAGCUAAAGGAUUUGUAUGUUUGAAUUUCUAAAGCAUGAACUUGAUCGA